UAGUGACAGCUGAUUUGUAAUUUUUCAAUAAUUUUCAUGUAGCAAGCUAGCAACCUGUAAAUAGAAUUUUAUUUUGUGAUCCUGUACUGUUUAUCGUGUAAAAUAUAUCAGUGUUAAAAUGCCUCGUUUUCAUACAGUAGAAAUAAAUAAAACCGAAUGGAUCGUACCGGAACGUUAUCAAAUGCUUACACCUGUGGGCUCAGGCGCGUACGGUCAAGUAUGUUCUGCCAUAGACACGGUGCACAAUAUGAAAGUUGCAAUUAAGAAGUUAGCUCGCCCAUAUCAAUCUGCAGUACAUGCUAAACGAACUUACCGUGAACUUCGUAUGUUAAAACAUAUGAAUCACGAAAAUGUUAUUGGACUACUGGAUGUCUUCACACCAGAAAAAAAUUUAGAAGAUUUUAAUCAAGUUUAUCUGGUUACACAUUUAAUGGGAGCUGACCUAAACAAUAUUGUUCGAACACAAAAAUUGUCUGAUGAUCAUGUACAGUUCCUUGUAUAUCAAAUACUAAGAGGACUUAAGUACAUCCAUUCAGCAGGAAUAAUUCAUAGAGAUCUCAAACCAUCAAACAUUGCUGUCAAUGAAGACUGUGAACUGAAGAUCCUAGACUUUGGCUUGGCUCGGCCCACUGAAACUGAAAUGACUGGUUAUGUGGCAACUAGAUGGUACAGAGCUCCUGAAAUUAUGCUUAAUUGGAUGCAUUAUAACCAAACUGUUGAUAUAUGGUCUGUGGGUUGUAUUAUGGCUGAAUUACUUACAAGCAGGACUCUCUUUCCUGGUACAGACCAUAUUGACCAUCUCACAAGAAUAUUAUUUUUAUGUGGGAAACCCGACCAAGAGACUAUAGACAAAAUUUUAAGUGAAGAGGCUCGCAAUUACAUACAAUCGUUACCAACAUUAAAACGCCGCGAUUUCCGUGAAGUGUUUCGUGGUGCCAACCCUCUUGCGAUCAAUUUACUUGAGCUUAUGCUCGAGUUGGAUGCUGACAAGCGUAUAACAGCCGAACAAGCGCUGGCGCAUGAGUACUUAACGCAGUAUGCGGAUCCAAGCGAUGAGCCGGUGUCGGCACCCUAUGACCAGAGUUUUGAAGAUAUGGACUUGCCUGUCGAGAAAUGGAAGGAAUUGGUUUGGAAUGAAGUGGUAGAGUUCAAACCUCACCCGCAGCACAUGAAUACUGUAGUUGAGGUCAACCCUUCUUAAUCAUUUUAGUUUUAUAUGCCGGGACCCUUGCACAAACCUUAAAAAAACAGUUUUUUUAUAGAAAUAAAAAAAAUGCAAUAUACAUUGUAUUCUUACAUAGCAAAACCAAAAUAGGCCUUUUCGAAAGUUUUGUGUUAAAGGUCCCAAAUUCAAUAUUAGCCUGUUUUAUUUACAUGCUAUUAAGUAUUAGAUAACAUAUUGUUUUGCUCAUACUUAUUAAUAUUUUAUAAUCAACUCUCCUCUAGAGACUAGAAGGAAUAAAUUUUUUUGUGAGGCGUAAAAACUAGUUUUACGCAUAGUGAUACAAGUAAUAAGAAAAUGAUUUGUCAGUUCAUAAUUAUUAGGGUGAUAUUCGGAAACGAGACUUUCGUAAAAUCUCGUUUCUGAAUCUUGCUUCGCCUCUUCCACGAUCUUUAAGUACAGUAUUGAUAGUUACAAAUUAACGAAAAUCUACAAGAAAUGGUUGGAAAAUCUAC